GUCGCCCUCCCCCAGGGUUGUGGCCACGCGCAGCGGCGGCGGUUGUUCCGCUUCCCCUCCGGCCCGGGCCGUCGCCAUUGCCGAAGGCUCCCUGCCUUCCCCUCCCUGGCGGGCGCAGGGCUCCGCUACCGCCCGGCCUAGCGGUAGCAGCGGCUGCGCUCCAGCGCGGCUCCGCUUCCCGCCCCGCGUCCCCUUCCCCCCCCUCCCCUGCCCGCGCCGCGCACUCGCCCGGGGCGGCUGCGCAGCCCGCCGGGAGCUCUGACGGAGGCGCCUCGCCGGGGCGGGGACCGUUCCUGGCUGGGGCCAUUUCAUAAUUCUGAAUCAUGUCUGAUAACGGAGAAUUGGAAGACAAGCCUCCAGCACCACCUGUGCGAAUGAGCAGUACCAUUUUUAGCACUGGAGGCAAAGACCCUUUGUCAGCCAAUCACAGUCUGAAACCUUUACCCUCUGUUCCAGAGGAAAAAAAACCCAGGAAUAAAAUCAUCUCCAUAUUCUCAGGCACAGAGAAAGGAAGUAAAAAGAAAGAAAAGGAACGGCCAGAAAUUUCUCCUCCAUCUGAUUUUGAACACACCAUUCAUGUUGGCUUUGAUGCUGUUACUGGAGAAUUCACUGGAAUGCCAGAACAGUGGGCUCGAUUAUUACAGACCUCCAAUAUCACCAAACUAGAGCAAAAGAAGAACCCUCAGGCUGUGCUGGAUGUCUUAAAGUUUUACGACUCCAACACAGUGAAACAGAAAUAUCUGAGCUUUACUCCUCCCGAAAAAGAUGGCUUCCCUUCUGGAACACCAGCACUGAAUGCCAAGGGAUCAGAAACAGCAGCAGUAGUAACAGAGGAAGACGAUGAUGAUGAAGAGACUGCUCCUCCUGUUAUUGCCCCACGACCAGAUCAUACAAAAUCAAUUUACACACGGUCUGUGAUUGACCCUAUUCCUGCACCAGUUGGCGACAGUACUGUUGACAGCGGUGCUAAGUCUUCAGACAAGCAAAAGAAGAAGACCAAGAUGACAGAUGAAGAGAUUAUGGAGAAAUUAAGAACUAUUGUGAGCAUAGGCGACCCUAAGAAAAAAUAUACAAGAUAUGAAAAAAUUGGACAAGGGGCUUCUGGUACAGUUUUUACUGCUACAGACGUGGCGUUGGGACAGGAGGUUGCUAUCAAACAGAUUAAUUUACAGAAACAGCCAAAGAAGGAAUUAAUCAUUAAUGAGAUUCUGGUGAUGAAAGAAUUAAAGAAUCCCAACAUAGUUAACUUCUUGGACAGUUACCUGGUGGGAGAUGAAUUGUUUGUGGUAAUGGAGUACCUUGCUGGAGGGUCACUUACUGAUGUUGUGACAGAAACCUGCAUGGAUGAAGCCCAGAUUGCUGCUGUGUGCAGAGAGUGUUUACAGGCAUUGGAGUUUUUACAUGCUAAUCAAGUGAUCCACAGAGACAUCAAAAGUGACAAUGUGCUUUUGGGGAUGGAAGGAUCAGUUAAACUUACUGACUUUGGUUUCUGUGCCCAGAUCACCCCUGAGCAGAGCAAACGUAGUACCAUGGUUGGCACACCAUACUGGAUGGCACCAGAGGUGGUCACACGGAAGGCUUAUGGCCCUAAAGUUGACAUAUGGUCUCUGGGUAUCAUGGCUAUUGAGAUGGUAGAAGGAGAGCCUCCAUACCUCAAUGAAAAUCCCUUGAGGGCCUUGUAUCUGAUAGCAACUAAUGGAACCCCAGAACUUCAGAAUCCAGAGAAACUGUCCCCAAUAUUUCGGGAUUUCUUAAAUCGAUGUUUGGAAAUGGAUGUGGAAAAAAGGGGUUCGGCCAAAGAAUUGUUACAGCAUCCCUUCCUGAAACUGGCCAAACCAUUAUCUAGCUUGACACCACUGAUCAUGGCAGCUAAAGAAGCAAUGAAGAGUAAUCGUUAACACCUUCGCCAUGGCUUCAUAUUCUUUUUUCCAUUUUCUAAAAGAAGUCUUUUAAUAUAUGAAAAUUCUUGCUCUUUUCGGGGUUUAAAGAAGUGACCUACAUAGCGUGGAGGAAAAAAGCAAACUAUUCUCUGAAGGCAACCAAGAGAAAAUUGCAAAAAGAAAAUUAUGACUUUGAAAUGAACCCCUUCUUUAGGGUCCAAAAGGAAUUGUCUUUCAGCAGACAGUCUAUCGUGGCCACUUCUCAUGCUUGAGAUUUACAUUUCAUUUUGCUGACUUUGUUGUAGUAGAUCCCAUUCAUUGUCCCCUGUGGGAUAUUUUUAAUACUUGAAUGGCAGAUUUGAGUUUUUCAGAGUAUUGUUUCAUCUGCUAGUCUUCUUUUUCUCUCCUUCACAGCUUUACUUUUCCUUGACAUGCUCCUUUUGAGUUGCUUUGAGAAAUUUUUCUCAUGCCUAAAUUCAAGGCAAGUGUGAUUAGAAAUCAUGUAGCUCCUUAUAUUGGCAAAGGAGCUCAAUGCAGUUUAACUUUGUAUAGAAGCUAGGACCAGCUAUUGUUACAUGUAAUAUUUCAGUUCAGAACUUGAUCUGAAGGAAGGGAAGAAAAGUAUGUGAUUUUUACCUUUUUUAACAAAUGUGAAAAAAGUCAACUUUAGAAAUUUCAUGUAGUGAGGUUGGGGUUUGUUACAUGUAUAGCGAGAAGACUAAUAAUCUAUAUUUAUAACUAAAUCAUUGAGCUAGAAAAAGCAUCCCAUUGACUACAUUCUUACAAUUGGGUCUUCCUUUCUGCCUGUUUCCUCUUCAUAUUUGGCUCCAGAAACCAAAGUGAUUUGUUCUUGUUCAAACUUGGGCUUUUUGACUUUGGUUAGUGCCACUACCUUCCCCUUCCCUCCUUUUUCCUUCUUCAUUUUGAAAAUAAAUUUCUGUAUAUGUUGCAAUUUUAGGUUUAGGUUUGGUUUUUUGUUUUUAUUUUUAAUGAACCCUCUCUCUCACCCCACAACCCCCCCACAACCCAUGGCAAAUAAUAUAAUAACCAUUGAAUUUCCAGAAUUUAAAAGUUAACCUUUUUUUUUUUUUUUUCCAUUUAAAGGAUAAAAAUAUUUGGGGCUAGCAGAGACAGAGUCUUGAACCUUGGUGAGCUUGAAAUAAUUAGAUGAGAUUAUGUUCAUGAAAGGGAGAUGUCAGUAUUACAGAAAAGUAGCUUAUGACCAAUAAACUGUAGAGACUUGUCAUAAGUUAAAUUGUCCCAAACCACCAAUAUUUUAUUGUCUAUGAGAACUUCAAUAACAGUACUUCUUGAUGAGUUUGUAGAUCAUUUGAAACACUGAGAUACUAUAAUGGGUUUUUUUCCCCUUCAAAUAAAUUGAGAAUAUUCAUGUAAAAAACUGGAGAAAGAAAAAUGAAAUGUGCUUGUUGAUAGCAAUACUUUUUUAUUUUAAAGAUUUUUUUAAAAGGUCCGUGACCUGUAGCAUUAAUUAUUUGAGUACCUGCUCUUCUCCCCUUCCCUUCUCUUUUUUCCUCUCAUACUUCUAUUUUGUUGUUUUGCUAUUAAAGUAGGUAUUAUUCCUUCUGACAUAGCUGGAACCUCAUAAAACAAAUAUCUGCAGUUUGGUUCUGGCAUUUUGUUCCCACCAUCCCCUCCCAGUUAACUUCAUACCUGUUUGCCAUUUUGCAGUAGUAAAAUCAUGAAUAAAAAUAAUUUUAUUGUUUUGGAGUACAUGGGGAAACUAGCAGGAUUUUGUGUCCUGUUAGUCCCAUCAUAUCUGUGUUCAGAUACAAUUAUAAGGAGAGAAAUGGCUGUUUUUUUACUGAUAAGGCAGAAAGAUUUUCAGAAAAAUAAGUGAAAUAAUGAAACAUAUCUAGAGCACUUAAUGGUCUGUGUUUUCAGUGUAAUUCUUGAUUUCAUUUUUCUCUGGACUACAUUGGCCUUGUACAUUCAUUCCUAAAUUACAGAAACUGGUUUAUUUCUGGUGAAAAGCUACAGUGCCUCUUCCAGAUCUGAACAUUCUUUGUAAACAGUUGUCUGGAUGGAUUAUGAUAAAGAAGAUACUACCGAUGAAAUAGAAAACCAACUAGAUAAGACUUAUCAUGACUACUCAAGAAGGCACUUCCAUCCUAAGUCAUAAAGACCACAUUCACUGAAUAUGUGCCAAUGCCCCAUUUUAUGCUUGUGACUCAACAAAGGGCUUUUCAGUUGAUAGAAGCAGUUUGGGAUUUAUAUUUACAACUUCUUUGAUGGUUACCUGUACGUCCAUUGCUGGCAACGGACUUUGUUGUUAAAACCUGACUCCUAGGUUAAGGGAGCUACACUGUGGUUUAUUCUUUACUUACCUGGAUAAACUAACCUCUAAUAGAAAUAUACUUUGGUUAAUUUUGAAAUGUGUCAUUUUUAAAUGAAAUCUUAAAAGCAAUACAGACUUGUGAUUUAUUAGUUAAUUUUAAAUUAAAAUAUUCAGAUCUUGUUGAAAGAACAAUUAUCUCUGAAUCAAAGUUCAUGUUUUUUAAAUAAUUGCCUUUUGUAUUCACCCUUUUUGUCAUCAUUUUAAAAUGAAAAUUCCCAUUUAAAUCUACAAGUUACCUUAGUAGUCCUCUUGUGUUAUUAGGACAAUUACUGUAGUAAUUAUUUAUUCUCUUUAGACUUGCUGGUGGUCUUAAAGUUAUCUUCUUUUUUUUUUUUUUCUUUUGCUUUUAGGAACAGUUAGAACUGGGAAACCAUAAAAACAUUGAACAUUUUAUCCUGCCUAAAAUAGUAAACAGAGUGAUUGUGUAGCGUAAGACACAAAGCCAACACAACUCUGUCUUCAUGUGUUGCGUGCCUGGCAUGUAGUAUGAAUCAUUUUUCCUUUAACAUAUAAAUAUUAAGCUGCUUAGAAUUUACUGAUUAACCACGAAUUCUAAACGAGCCUGUGCCUUUAACAAGCAAUUUAAAACUACCUAUGAGUAUUUCUUUGUAGGGCUCACUUAAAUACAUGUUUUUUGUAUAUAUUGUAUUCUAGCCAGAAUAAUUUUAGGUCUGAUCAAGUAGUAGCUGUAAGUAGAGGAAUAAUUUACAUCAAUUUUUGAAUCUAAAAUUUUUUUAAAAUAUGCUGAAAUUCAUGUCUAGUGAAAUGUCAAAAUACCAUUAUAAAUUAGCUAAAAUCUAGGUUAAUACUCAUUUGGGGUCUUUUUAAUAGUAAUAUAAAAAGCAGAUUGUCUUCCUCAUCUCCACUGCUCCUGUAGAUGUUUAAACAGUUAAAAUUCAUUUUUUCAUAGUGUGUGUAUUAGGAAAGAAUAUAUGUAUGUGUAUACACACACACACACACGCACGCACAUUCAUUCUUUUGUUUUCCUCACUCAACACAUUUAUUGAACGCUGUGGCAAAGAUGCUGUGGUAGGUGAUGUUGGAGUUACAAAGAAGAGUCGAGCACUGGCCUGGCCUUGAAAGAACAGAAGUCUUUUUCAAAAGUUCACCAUUCUAGAUUGCUGCCUAGACAAGAGGCGGAAAGAAAUGUAUGAUAAUUCUGUGAAGCAAAUCUUUAUUCUUUAAAAACAACGAAUUACAUUUGGAAUGAUUGAAAUGUGCUGGCCUUUUUUCUUGUUUUGAUAGAAAUGGAAUUAAGUGAAAGUAGCUUGUCUUUUCUAUUGUCUUCAAAUUUUAUAAUGCUUUUUCUUUUUAAUUUAAUCCCAUUCAAUUAUUUAAUUGUUAAAUUGACAUUAACUGCUGUAUUUGAUGACUUUGUUCAGUAAUUUUGUUCUUUCAGGGCUAGAAAUAAACUUUUUUUUGAAUGUUCA